AUGCCCAGCUACGCCGACGUGCUCGACCAGAUGGUCCGCAAUGGCGCGACACCGGGCCCGUCCAACCCGCUCGGCUUAUCCAUGCGCACCGGCGACGGAGAUUUGCUCAUGCUCGACCACGACUCGACCCGCGCCCAGACCCACCAGCCGCCCCUCGACGAGGUCGACAUGAUCGACCUCGAACUGCAGCCUGCCUCAUCGUCCGCCGACGCUGCUCCUCCGGGCGCACCCAAGGCCCAGGAAGCGUGGAGGGAAGACCUGGCACGCCUGCGCAACGUCGACGCCGUCCCAAAGAGCCUCUGGGUGCUCGACACAAACGUCCUCCUCUCCUCGCUCGACCUCCUCCAACCCCUCGCAGACCACAUCAUCGAGCAGAACGUCGCAUCCCUCCUCGAUCCCACGGGCACCCUGCCGCCCUCGCCCAUCGCACUCGUCAUACCCUACCGCGUCAUCACCGAGCUCGACGCCCAAAAGACGUCGACACGCGAGACGACCCGCCUCCCCUCACCGGGAUCCCACGGCCGCAGCACCACCCACCGCCUCUCGUCACUCGCACGCGAAGCAUCCCGCUGGAUCCUCACCACACUCAAGGCCCAAAAGAACCUCCAGAUCCCCCUCGCGCACGACCACCACCUCCCGCUGCCCCAGAGCCACCGCGCCCUCUACGGCCAGACCCACUCGCACCACAACCACACCAGGCCGAGGGGACGCUGCACAAACGACCAGGAGAUUGUCGCCUUCUGCAAGCGCCUCGACGACGACGUCGGCGGCGUCGUCUUUGUCACCGACGACCGCGACGCCGCCAUCACCGCAGAGCUCGAAGAGGUCGAAUCGCUCCAGAUCCGCGACAUUGUCGACGCCCUCGUCCACGGCCGCGGGCAGGACGGCAAGCAAGACGACGGCAACGGCAGGCGCGGCUGGAAGGAGUGCGUGCCCGAACUCGUCGACCAGUGGGUCUACCAGAUGGGCGGCGCUCCGUCGAUGCCGCCAGCGGUCGCUGCUGCCGCCGCUGCCGUCCACCCCGAGGUUGUCACAGCGGCGAUACCGGUCCCUGAACCGAUCGACGAGGUGCAGAUGCACGUCGAGGAGCCGGACCCAGUCACGGUCCCGACACCGCCGCCGCCGAUACCGCCGUCUCCGGUACAGCCCGUGAGCGUCGCAAACAAGCGCUCGCCUCGACUGAGCCCGGACGGUCGCACGACCAGCGACAGCAUGCACGCGCCCAUGGCAAAGCGACGCAGCCCGCCAUCAUACCCCACAGCAGCACAUCAGCGGCGGCCAGAUCCGGUGCAAAAGGAAGGCGAGGACGACAAGGGCCAGCUGCUCAACCCGCACAUCGACUGGGAGGCGCUGGUCGGUGCCGGCGGGAAGAGGUCCAACGGAGAGCGGAGAAGGUGGUAG